UAAUAGUAACUGUACUGUAUAUAGAGGUAAGUAAAGUAACAACCGUGGGUAGUGCAAGACGGCGUCGUCCGCACCGCAGUUCAGCUGUCAUAAACUCUGUCGAGUAGAGAGUCUAGCAGUUGCUCUUCUGAGAUUGCUCCGAUUUAAAGGAACAUUGGUCAGUGGAAUUGGUUAUGUGAAAGAUCGCCUGCUACGCAAGAGGAGAUCUUCCCUAUGGACAGCCGGAACGUCGUCGUUUGCGAUACUGGCACCGGCUAUGUGAAGUGUGGUUUUGCGGGUGAGAACUUUCCAACAUCGGUGUUCCCUUGUGUUGUUGGAAGGCCCAUGCUUCGCUAUGAAGAAUCUUUAAUGGAACAAGAGCUCACGGAUAUUCUUGUUGGGGAUGCUUGUUUAAAGUGGCGGCAUCAGUUGGACGUAUCUUAUCCAGUAAACAAUGGUAUUGUGCAAAAUUGGGAUGAUAUGGGCCAUGUCUGGGAUCAUGCAUUUUUUAGUGAGCUAAAGGUAGAUCCUAAGGAAUGUAAAAUUUUGCUGACUGACCCGCCUCUGAAUCCAUCUAAAAACCGUGAAAAGAUGGUUGAGGUUAUGUUUGAGAAAUACAAUUUUGCUGCUAUUUUCAUCCAAAUUCAAGCUGUUUUAACGUUGUAUGCUCAAGGUUUGCUUACGGGACUAGUCAUUGACUCUGGCGAUGGAGUCACUCAUGUGGUUCCAGUGGUUGAUGGAUACUCAUUCCCUCAUCUUACAAAGAGGAUGAAUGUAGCAGGGCGUCAUAUAACAUCUUAUCUAGUUGAUUUGCUUACGAGGAGGGGGUAUUCUAUGAAUAGAACUGCUGACUUUGAGACAGUGAGGAAUAUCAAAGAGAAGCUCUGUUACAUAAGCUACGAUUACAAAAGGGAAUAUCAGUUGGGACUUGAGACUACCAUCCUUGUUAAAAAUUAUACUCUCCCAGAUGGAAGGGUCAUUAAAGUUGGCACCGAGCGUUUUCAAGCACCUGAGGCUCUUUUCACUCCGGAACUCAUAGACGUUGAAGGAGAUGGAAUUGCUGACAUGGUGUUUCGUUGCAUUCAGGAGAUGGACAUUGACAAUAGGAUGAUGCUCUACCAGCAUAUUGUCCUGAGCGGCGGGAGUACAAUGUAUCCUGGAUUACCUAGUCGGUUGGAGAAAGAAAUUUCGGACCGUUAUCUUGAAGUUGUUUUGAAGGGAAAUAAGGAUGGAUUGAAGAAAUUAAGGCUGCGGAUAGAGGAUCCACCACGGAGAAAGCAUAUGGUGUAUCUUGGAGGUGCAGUUCUUGCAGGAAUUAUGAAGGAUGCUCCUGAGUUUUGGAUCAGCAGACAAGAUUAUUUGGAAGAGGGAAUUGCUUGUUUAAGCAAGUGUGGCCAGGCAUGAGGAAUUGUCCCGUCAUUUUUUUGACUGCGUGCAGAAUUUUUUUAUUUUGAAAAGAAAGCAGUAAAACUUGAAGAAUCCUUGUAUUCAGCUGGAAGUGGGGUUGUAUCUUUGACAGUAUCGAGCUGUUUGUUUUCAGUGAAAAUGAGAAUUGUGUUCACUUGAAAAGUCUGCUAUAUAAUACUCUACUGCUGUA